UUGUCCUGAGGUGCAAAGACCAGAAUGUGAGACAUUAGACUGCAUCAGGUUUGCUAUCUAAACUUAGGGCAACCCCAAGUGCUUGAACCUAUACCACCCCACUUUCCUGAGCCCUGUAAAGAGCAUGAAGAGUUUUCCCACUGACCCCAUACAUUGAGGUGCCAUCACACUGCACAUUUCCUUCCGGAGAACAAGCACAUACUCUGGGGUGGAGACAGGACUGCCUUUUUAUGUAAUAGAAAAUGAUGUGGCUGCUUUAAGAGGAGCACCUCCGUCUGGGACUGGUGGCUUGGGUCACGUGACAGCGGUGGUCUCGUUUGCGCCUCUUGAUGAUGUCGCGGCGGCUCCCUGAGGAGGGAUUGGGCAAAGCUGGUCCCUGUGUGAUGAGACAUCACCCUCCCAGGAGCAAGGCGGAAGUCUGGAGGACGCCGAGGGGCGGAGGCGGGAUAGGCGAGCUCGCGAUGAGUGGUCUCGGCAGGCUCUUCGGGAAGGGUAAGAAGGAGAAAGGGCCAACCCCUGAAGAAGCAAUACAGAAACUGAAGGAGACAGAGAAGAUACUGAUCAAGAAACAGGAAUUUUUGGAGCAGAAGAUUCAACAGGAGCUACAAACAGCCAAGAAGUAUGGGACCAAGAAUAAGAGAGCUGCCCUACAGGCUUUGCGGAGGAAGAAAAGAUUCGAACAGCAGCUGGCACAAACUGACGGGACUUUAUCCACCCUGGAGUUUCAGCGUGAGGCCAUUGAGAAUGCCACCACCAAUGCAGAAGUCCUUCGUACCAUGGAGCUUGCUGCCCAAGGCAUGAAGAAAGCCUACCAGGACAUGGACAUUGACAAGGUAGAUGAACUGAUGACUGACAUCACAGAACAACAGGAGGUGGCCCAGCAGAUCUCAGAUGCCAUUUCUCGGCCUAUGGGCUUUGGAGAUGAUGUGGAUGAGGAUGAACUGCUGGAGGAGCUAGAGUUGCUGGAACAGGAGGAAUUGGCCCAGGAGUUGUUAAGUGUGGGCGACAAGGAGGAAGAACCCCCAGUCAAAUUGCCUAGUGUACCUUCUACUCAUCUGCCGGCAGAGCCAGCUCCCAAAGCGGAUGAAGAUGAAGAAGCACUAAAGCAGUUGGCUGAGUGGGUAUCCUGAUAAAUCUGGGCUUGUCUUCCUAAUGCUACCUUUGUUGGUCCUUUUUUCCUUAAGUGCCAAAUGCUGAGCUAAAGGAGAAUAACUUUUUGGGGAAGUCCUGCUGAGGGUGGUAGUAUGACCCUGCCUGAAAAAAGGGUAUCUUGCCCUCCCAGCCCUGGCUCAACUCUGAAGAAGAUCUUGCUACAGAAGGAGCCCUUGGGCUCCCUUCUCUUUGAUAGCAGUUAUAAUGCCCUUGUUCCCAAUAAAACUGGGCAGAUGGAA